UUAUCUUUUUUUGUUUCCUACAGUUCAACCAUGGCAUCGACACGUCAAUUAGCUUCAGUUCUUGUUCGUCAAAGAUUUUCAGCCCAAGUCUUUAAUACCUGUCAAAGAUCGCUUCAUACCUCUGUCGUUCGUUUCAACAACAACAAUACUGAAAAGACCAACUUUGCAGAGAACUUGACCAACAAAUUCAUUGGUCAAGUCAAGAAACAGGGCAAGAAAUCAGCAGAACCUACCCGUUUUGUUCAAAUCGAUUCUCUUCCUGUCACAGCAACCACCGAGGAUGUGCGUAAAUUAGCCAGAGAAGCUUUCCCUCAAGGUGACAAACGCAUCGUUGAAGCUGUUUUCUGUCGUAGCCCCGAAUUCAACUUCCAAGGUCGUUGUGUGGUAUUAAUGGCUUCCCCUGAAGACGCUCGUCGUGUAGUUGAAUAUGGUAACAGACGUUCUGUCGGUGGUAAUACCAUUCGCAUGACCUAUAGCGGUGACAGCACCUCCAACCCCAGCACAUUCAUGAGCGCCUUGCGUCGUCCUGAAUUAACCUCCAUUACUGACUCCACCAGUGCUUCAGGCCGUGCUGUGGUCAUUACAGGUCUUCCUUCUAGAACAGAGACCGAACAUUUAUUAGGAUUUUUACGUUCCAGAAACUUUUUCCCUAUUGAAGGUGCAUCCGACAAUGUUUUACAUUUAAAGACUAAGGAACAAUCAACAGUGUCAAAGUUCUUGGUCAAGUUUGACUCCGAAUCCGAAGCAUGGCGUUGUGUGCGUGCUUUCCACAAUACCGACUUUUUAUUGAAGAACAGAGACGAGAAAUACAAACUUUCUUUAUCCGUAGUCUACUAAUAAACCAACAUAAUAUGACAGAAAAA